GUCAAAAUGACAAGACGUGAUAAAAUUAUUAUUUUUGUUUGACAUUGAAAGAAGUGAAGUUAGUGAAGUGAGCGUAUUGGAUUGAGGGGCAAAAGAGAUAAAUUAUUGUUUAAUUUGGAAGUUAAAGCAAUUAAUAAUAUCCAUUGUACACAUUUAUUUUACUUCUCAUUUAAAUUUUGUGUGAACAUGACGUCUAACAUUCCUCUUAUUGUGAGAUUAUUGGCUUCUUCUGUGUCAGUAGCCAACAGAGCUGGAAAAAUUGUUCGUGAUGUUAUGAGCAAAGGAGAAUUGGGAAUUGUUGAAAAGGGUAAGGAUGACUAUCAAACAGAGGCUGAUCGGUCAGCACAGCGUUGUAUUGUUGCAUCACUUGCAGCACAAUACCCAAAAGUAAAUAUAAUUGGUGAAGAGGAUGGGCCUGAUAAUGAGGGAGACAUUGCUAGUGACUGGUUAAUUUCUGAAGCUGAUAAAGAAGUGCUGUCUUUGGAAUGCCCUGCUGGCCUUAGAAGUGUCAAAGAGGAGGAGAUUGUUGUCUGGGUUGAUCCUCUAGAUGGAACUUCUGAGUAUACACAAGGUGCACUAAUGUUGAAGAGAGAUCCAUGGGAAAGAUGGAAAAUGUACUUAACUCAUCCUUUUAUAAGUAUCAAGUGGUAUUUAAGUUUGCUCCAAUCUAAUUAUGGCUUCCUUGAACAUGUUACUGUUUUGAUUGGUAUAUCUGUGAAUGAGAAGCCAGUGGCUGGUGUGAUUCACCAACCUUAUUAUAAAACUAUACUGGGUGGGGAGAAGAUAGUAGGUAGAACAAUAUGGGGCCUCCAGGAAGCAGGUGUCGGAGGAUUUACCCCGGCCCCUCCUCCUGACUCCCUCAUCAUUACUACCACAAGGAGUCAUUCCAACCCAUUAGUUGAGAAGGCAUUGCAAGUCAUGAAUGCUGCUCAAGUGCUUAGGGUUGGUGGUGCAGGUUAUAAGGUUCUACAACUACUGGAAGGCAAGGCGUCUAUUUACGUUUUCGCUAGCAGCGGCUGCAAGAAGUGGGACACUUGUGCUCCAGAAGCAGUAUUGUCUGCGGCUGGGGGGAAACUGACCGAUAUUCUCGGCGAAUUCUACAAAUAUGGCGGAACAGAGUCACGACCAAACAAAACUGGAGUAUUGGCAGCUGUCUCUAAAGACUUGCACAGUUAUGCAUUGAAUAGAAUUCCUCAAGAAUUGAAAGAGGCACUUUCUAAAAAAUAGUAUUCCUUUUUAAAAGUAUUACAUGAAGCUGAUGUGAUCAAAUGUAAAUAAAACCACUUUGAUUUAGUUUUUCAC